AUGACCGCGCGCUCGUACGCGAUACAAGAAGACUUGAAUCGAACCGCCGCGUUCGAGCAGCUGCUCGACCGACGCUUCCAGGAGAUUUCUGUUCUGUUCCAGGAGAGCAUAGCCAAGGCCAGCACAGCACACACAGAGUCCGAUCCCUUGGCUUUCUCUUCAGCCAACCCCAACAGCAUAGUGCGCCUGUCCCACAGGGGCCCUCGGCGCCUGUGCACGUACACGGAGAGCGAGCUGCGCGCCAUCCUCGCACUGCGCCACUGCUGCGGGUGGAAGUGCAACCGGUACUUCUACGGGGGCGCGUGGAUCGACUGGAAGACGCUGGAUGAGGAGUUUCAGAAGGGGCAUGCGCGGGUGAGAGAGGAGGAGGAGGCGGAGUGCGUGCUGGCGUGCAAGCAGCAUGAGAACCUGGGGUGCAGCAAGGAGCAGCCUUGCGUGAACGGGUACUACCUGCGCAGGAACACCACUGACACGCUGGUGGUGCGGCAGGCGUAUGAGUGGGGCGAGCAGAACUUCCUCAAGCCGCACUUUCACUUUGACUCCAUCCUUGACGCUGGAGCCAACAUCGGCCUCACCUCCGUGCUCUUCGCCACCAUGUACCCCAAGGCAACGAUCAUCAGUGUGGAGGCGUCUUCUCGCAACUUCCGCUCACUGAAGCUCAACACACAGCCCUUCCCCAACGUCAUUGCUGUCAACGCUGCUCUGUGGCCCCGUGUGGCCUCCCUCUCGCUCACCCUCGGGCAGAGGAACCCCGAGCUGCCGCCCGAAUGGGCCUUCAUGGUCAAAGAAACACGUGAUCUCGAGCCCGGGCAGGUUGUGGAGGACUCCCUUCUCGGCGUGACCGUGCCCUUCCUCCUGAAAGUUUUCGGGCUGCCCGGAUUCGACUUCCUCAAGAUCGACGUCGAGGGCAGCGAGGGCGAGAUUUUCCGCGAGGACAGGGAGAUGGACCUGGGGUGGGUGAACGAGUCAAAGCUGGCAGCGCUGGAGCUGCAUGGAGACAUGGUGCCGGGAUCGAAUGUGACUGUACUGAAUUUCUUCCACAGCCGCAGCAAUUUUCAUCAUAAGAAGGAUUGGUCGGGAGAGUACGAGGACAGGGAGAUGGACCUGGGGUGGGUGAACGAGUCGAAGCUGGCAGCACUGGAGCUUCAUGGAGACAUGGUGCCGGGAUCGAAUGUGACUGUACUGAAUUUCUUCCACAGCCGCAGCAAUUUUCAUCACAAGAAGGACUGGGAGAUGGACCUGGGGUGGGUGAACGAGUCAAAGCUGGCAGCACUGGAGCUGCAUGGAGACAUGGUGACGGGGUCGAAUGUGACUCUACUGAACUUCUUCAACAGCCGCAGCAACUUCCACCACAAGAAGGAUUGGCCGGGAGAGUACGAGGUGUUUAUGCGUAACGAUGCGAAUCUGUUGUAG